CCUUUUUUGUUUUUAUACCCAAUAGAAUCAACACAGCUAUCACAGUACUUUGCGGAGCAAGGGCUCAAAAUCCGGAUACGGAAGGAAGUUAGACCCAAAAAGCGAAGCAGAGGCGAGUAUCUGACCGGCCCAACAUCUCAAAGUCCUACGGACAUGCAGCAGCGGGAACAGAUCGACCGAACCGAGUCACAGGAUGAAGAAGACUCAAUAAUAUCUGAUACACGAACUAUAUCCAAACGUAGAACUUCAGGAACACGAGACAAUGAUUCAAAACGAGAUGAAGCAACGCCAACUCGAUCAAAAGAAAUCAUACACAGUCAUGAUCCCGAACGUCGGUCCAGCCAGAGUAACAGAAGUGGCGCGCUUUGGAGAAGCCGUGCGCCAGAUAAUCUAGAGUAUCAGACAGUAUCAGGUUCAGCCGAAGAACAGAGAUCAAUCCCACAACAGCACCAAGUAUAUUCUGAUGAUGGCCCAUUCGUACGUCGUCGUGUUUCCAAUAUUAGAAUUACAGAAGACCCUUCUCAUAUUGACUCGAAUACAGGACCGGAUGGUAGUGGUGUACGUACAGACCAACAAAUGGACGAUUAUCGCAUGCGCCCGCAGGAUUCUACUCCUAUGAUGCAGGAGAGAGGUCUUUCCAGUCCGCCCUCUAUUAGGCAAGAUGUUUCUAUGAAAUACCGUGGAGCACCUGCACAAAGUAGGCAUGGUGCACCAAGCCAGCUGCCUGAAUCAGUGUCAAUGGCGAUAGAUACGACGUUCUGCCGUCCCCCAGGGCAAGAUCACUCGGGAGUGCAUAAGAGCGAUGCACCAUCAGAAACAUCGUAUAUGCAUCCUAGCGGUGCCCAAUUGCCUGGGAAUCGUGAUGAGUCGAGACGUGGAAGUGGACCAGGAAUGUAUCGAGAUACCACCCUUGAGUCACCGACUCUUUAUGAACCUCAAGGAUCCGCCAGCUCACAGCGGCCUGCAAGGGAGAGUCAACCAAUGCCGCAAUACUUUUCAAAAGAGCAUCCAAAGGCUCCUCAUCUAUCCCGCUCUCAACCAUUUGCAGCACGGUCUGCUGCUUCAGAUCCUCCAUACGCCUAUAUUCCUCCACGCCAAGGAUAUGACGCAGCAGGGGGUCAGAGACCAAUUGACUAUGGAGCCCUGACGCCUUAUGCAGAUGACCAUCACCGUCGAUCCUUAUCAUCAAACCCAUAUGAGCGUGAGCAUCCAUCGAAGCUUCAAACUGGCUCCUCAUUCCAGCAUUCUUUGGACCCUCAUCAGCCGCCAUCGUUACAACACCCAUCUCACAUAGCCCGUGAUCAAUAUUCGGAGGGUCAUGCACAUGUAAACCAAGAGUCUUCGUCCACCAGGCCGAGACACCCUAAUCAUCUUGACUUGUAUUCUAGGCCUCAACAGCCAAUAGCGCCCCAUCCGCUCUCUCAUGAGAAAUAUCCAGAAUCGGGUGAUCUAGUUCCGAAGCGUGGUAUCCAGUCGACAGGCUCUAUUCAAUAUCUACCCGCCUACCAAGAAGGUACUGCCUCCGAUCAAAGACGCUAUGGUAUUCACACUUAUCCAUCAUAUACAAGUGCGCCGUCAGCACAGUCGAGCCAUGGAUCUAAAGAUCUGGCAAGCAAUCGGAGGGAAUCCUUGGCGUCUUUAUCUCCGCGACAAUCAAGUUUUCGUGCUCAAUCCAUGCCUCAUUUUCCACAAGCCACACCAUUGCCAGCCAAAGCCUAUUCACAAUUGAACGACAGUAUCCCUGCUGGUGCACGUGGACAAGAUUUGUUUCAUCACGAUCGCGGAAGUGAUGGAGCGUCACGACAUAGUGUACAUACCGCUUCUAAUUAUCAGGGACAUCAAGAUGGACAAGCUCAGGCAAUGCAUGGUUUAGGCUCUGGAAAUGGUCACUAUACCCGAGGGAGUCCAACGGCCCCUUAUUCGGGCCAUCCUCAUGAGCCUACUGUGCAGCGGCCAACAUCUGUCGAUUACGGCCAAGAGAGCCGUUCAUCUUAUGGUCAUGGUCGCUCUAUCUCUUCGUCCACCCCUUCCAGGGCACCAUAUCCACCUAGUUCAUCUUCUGUAGCUAAUCAGCAGACCAGAAUGGAUAUUCGACAAGGUGCGUCUUCAAGCGGCACAGUUGGGAUGGGACCUAACAGAGGACUAGCGGACUAUGAUUCUUAUGAUAAUAUGCAGGUCUCUCAAUAUAAUAACACCCAACCUGCUCCUCAAGGCUCUGAAUCAAUGAUUUAUGAGGAAGGUGGAGGUCCUAGUCGUGGACACGAGCAUGAUUUCGGACGUCGAACAGGACCAUCACCCCCCACUUCCCAUUUGUAUCCAUCAAAUGCGUCAAAUGGACAUGGCCCUCCAUCCACUCAACAGUCCCACCCGACAUAUCCGCCACAAGGCCAUUACUCAUACCAACAUUAUGAAAUAUCUCCUUCAACGCAUGUUCAUGCACACCCGUUAGGACUACAGCCUCCUCAAUCACUAUCGUCACAGCACCAACUUCAUGGCCAUUCUCAACCCCAUGCAGGAAAUGGUCAAACAGGGCAAAUCCUUGGACAGCACAACCAUUUCCAAGACUAUCCAGCCCAACACCCACCACAAUAUCAGCAUCAACCACUGCAUUUACAUGGUACCAAUCCACAUGGGUAUCCGUAUGCAGUAAGCCAGGGAGAGGAAGCGAUACGCAGUCGUAGUUAAGAUAGUAUUGUAAUUGUAAGACAGCAAGUAAGCAUGCCAUUAAAGGUUUCAAAAUGUUACACACACUCAUCUUUUAUUGCCAGGUCGCUCAACUGUCAGAAUAAAUGGCUUUUUUUUAAAAAAAACUAUUUUGCAACGUUGAUCAAUGAAUUUGACUUGUUUAACAUUCUUGGGUAUUAUUGUUCACGGAGUCAUUGGUCAGGUUUAAGAUAAGCUGAUCUAACG